AUGGAAGUGUCCGGGGAAUUCCUGGAGGUGAAAGAGCUCGUUCUGGACAACUGCAGGUCGUACGAAGGGAAAAUCGAGGGCCUCACGGAUGAGUUUGAGGAGCUGGAAUUCCUCAGCACAAUCAACGUCGGCUUAACCUCAGUCGCAAACUUACCAAAGUUAAACAAACUUAAGAAGCUCGAGCUGAGCGACAACAGAAUCUCAGGAGGCCUGGAAGUGUUGGCAGAGAAGUGUCCGAACCUCACGCACCUAAACCUAAGCGGCAACAAAAUUAAAGAUCUCGGGACAAUAGAACCUCUGAAAAAGUUGGAAAACCUGAAGAGCUUAGACCUGUUCAACUGUGAGGUGACCAACUUGAACGAUUACAGAGAAAACGUCUUCAAGCUGCUGCCGCAGCUGACGUACCUGGACGGGUACGACCGGGACGACAAGGAGGCGCCGGAUUCCGACGCCGAGGGAUACGUGGAGGGGCUGGAUGACGAGGAGGAGGAUGAGGACGAGGAGGAAUACGACGACGACGCUCAGGUAGUGGAGGAUGAGGAGGAUGAGGAGGAGGAGGAGGAAGGGGAGGAGGAGGAUGUGAGCGGAGAGGAGGAGGAGGAUGAGGAAGGCUACAAUGACGGCGAGGUGGACGACGAGGAGGACGAGGAGGAGCCUGAGCAAGAGCAGGGCCAGAAGAGGAAACGAGAGCCUGAGGAUGAGGGGGAUGAGGAUGACUGAGCAGCUUUUCCCUGGAAAAAAUUCCCUCUUGUGAUUUGACUGUUUUUAUCCCGGAAUUCCCCCUUUUCCCACUCCCGACCCUUUGGAUUUCCUUUUCUUUUCCUGGUUUUUUUUUGUUUUAUUUUGGUUUUUUUGGUUUUUUUUUUUUUUUUUUUUUGGUUUUUUUUUCCGGAUUGUAACGUUGCUGUGGGAACCGAGCGGGAGCAGCGAGGGUGGGAAGGGAAUAAAAUCCUAUUUUUACUGCCGCUCCUCCUCCGAUUCUUUGGGAAUUUUUUUCCUUGGAUCCUUUUCCUUGAAUCCCUGGAACUGCAAGAGUUGAGUAGGAACCGAGUUGGGAAUUCUUGGAGCGGAGCUUGGACAUCUUGGAAGCAAAACAAGGAGAAAACCGAGUUGAAAUCCAUGGAUGAGCUGGGAUUUUCCCACCUCUGCCAUUCCCAAAUCCACGUUUUUUCAGGAAUGGCAGCCAGGCCUCCUCCCUGGUGGUGCCUUGCUCCAUGGGUUUUUUGUUUUUUUGUUUUUUUUUUUUGGGAAUGCUGCCAUUUCCAACCCCUUUUCCCAACUUUGGGAAUUCCCUCUUUGUAAAUAGUGACCAAACGUUGGUUUUUUUGGGAAUGUCGGAUUUUUUGGGAUGGGUUCAGAGCUGGUGACUUUGCGAUCCCUGUGUGUUGUGUGUUCCCGGUUUUCCUUUAAUUUGGGAGGGAAUUUUAGGGUUUUUUUGGGAAUUGCUUUUUUAUUUUUCGGGAUUUUUUUGGGUUU